AUGGGAUCUGGUAGUUCUGUAAAUGUCAACUACAAGUACUCGCUGCAGAAAUCUGAAAAUGCUUUCAAGGCAGCCGUCUUGAUCCAACGGUGGUAUCGGCGCUACAUGGCUCGGCUGGAAAUGCGCCGACGUUGCACCUGGAGAAUCUUUCAAUCCAUUGAAUAUGCUUGUGAGCAGGAUCAGAUCAAGCUUCACAACUUCUUCAGUUACCUCAUGGACCACUUCACGCCAAGCAGCAGUAAAGAGAGGGAUUUUAUUAGCCGCAUGUUCAUAAGCGGGGAAAGCUUCAAAGAGGCAGAGCUGGAAAAAUACUGUGACUAUGAAUCCAUGGAGGUGCCGGACUCCUACACAGGACCACGUCUCUCUUUCCCACUCCUUCCUGACCAUGCAACUGCCUUGCUGGAAGCUUUCAAGCAGAAACAACAGCUCCACGCUCGCUAUGUCUUAAACCUUCUGCAUGAGACCAGGAAGCACCUCAAGCAGUUGCCAAACAUCAGUCACGUCUCCACGUGCUACAGCGAGGAGGUCACCGUGUGCGGAGACUUGCAUGGCCAGCUGGAUGACUUGUUCCUCAUCUUUUAUAAGAAUGGCCUUCCUUCUCCUUCCAAGUCCUACGUGUUCAACGGGGACUUCGUAGACAGAGGCAAACAGUCCCUUGAGAUCCUCAUCGUCCUCUUUACCUUCCUCUUGAUCUAUCCAAAGGAGGUUCAUCUCAACCGCGGGAACCAUGAGGACCACAUGGUCAACUUACGCUAUGGUUUUGCCAAGGAAGUAAUGCAGAAAUACAAGGUGCAUGGGAAGAAAAUCUUGAAGAUGGUUCAGAAUGUCUUCUGCUGGCUUCCCCUGGCUACCCUGAUUGAUCAGAAAGUCCUCAUUAUACACGGGGGCAUCUCUGACACCACUGACCUGGACAUGCUUGAGAAGAUUCAAAGGAACAAAGCUCCCAGCACAGCCAACAGGCUGGAGUUCUCCAAGUGGGUCCGGCAGACGGUGCAGGAGCAAAUUGAGUGGUGCCGCCGGCUGGUGGACAUCAGCGAGUCGGAGGAGGAGGAGCCCACCUAUUCCAGUAUGGUCUCCUUGACGGACUUGGAUGGGCCGUGCUGGACUUGCCAGGAGGAGUGGAAGCAGAUUUUAGACAUUCUCUGGAGUGAUCCCAUGCCACAGGAGGGCUGCAUAGUAAAUACUGUGCGAGGUGGUGGCUGCUACUUCGGGCCUGACGUGACAGGGAAGAUCCUGGAGAAGUACAACUUGCAGUUCAUCAUACGCUCCCAUGAGUGCAAGCAAGAGGGCUAUGAGUUCUGCCACAACCGCAAGGUGCUGACCAUCUUUUCAGCCUCAAACUACUAUGAGAUUGGCAGCAACAGGGGAGCCUAUGUGAAGCUGGGACCGGACCUCGUCCCACAUUUUGUUCAGUACCAGGCGAACAAGGCAGCCCAUACUCUCACCAUGACCCAAAGAAUCAGCAGAGUAGAGGAGUCAGCCUUUCGAGCCUUGCGGGAAAAGCUCUUUGCUCACACCUCAGCCCUCAUCAGCGCAUUCAAGGCCUACGAUAAGGACAACACGGGAAGGAUCACACUGAGCAACUGGGCGACAGCCGUGGAGUCAGUCUUGCGCCUGGGAUUGCCCUGGCGAAUGCUGAGACCGCAGCUGGUGCGCAGCACAGAUGACGGCAUGCUGGAGUACAAGUCCUGGCUUGAUGACUUGGCCAUGGAGCAGCGGAGCCAAGAGCACAUCCAGACGAGCUUGCUGGAAGUCAUUUAUCGGAACAGAUCCAACUUGGAGACCAUAUUCAGGAUCAUAGACAGAGAUCAUUCAGGUCUCAUCUCAUUUGAGGAAUUCCACCAAACCUGGAAGCUGUUCAGCUCCCACAUGAACAUUGAACUCACAGAUGACGGCAUCAGUGACUUAGUUCGCAGCAUUGAUUUCAAUAAGGAUGGAAACAUCGACUUCAACGAGUUCCUAGAAGCCUUCCGCCUUGUCAAACAGUCACAGUAG